AAUUUCGGUGUAUUAGGUCAACCAAUUGAUAAACGUCAAUAUGGAGGCAAUAAAUUGAAAUUUAUUGUUAUAUAUAGAGAAAGUAUACAAAAACAUCCUUUAUUCGGUCAAUUCAAACCCCAUGUAGUAGAAAAGGCGAUAGGUUUUUGGGAAAAAACCUUAAGUGUCAGAAAACCACCAAAUAGGAAAUUGCUAAUUAAUAGAGGGUGUACUGAACCAGUCUUUUAUACAGAUGGUAAAACAGGUAAAAAAUUCUGUCAAUCAGAAUGUAAACGACAAGCUCUGUGCUACGACCAUCCAGUUCCAGAUCAAUAUGCUACGGGAUGUGCUGUCGGAAGAGGAGGUAACGACAUACGAGAUGUUUAUCAAGAUGGUGCAGGAUUCGCACCAAAUGAAUAUGUGCUGUUUGUAGAAAGUGAGAACAAGAAGAGUUGUACAUCCGGUUCAACAUUAGCUUAUGCUGGUCCUUGUGAAAUGCAUCCCACAACUGAUAGACCAAUAAUGGGAUCGAUUAAUUUCUGUCCACAAAAAAUGGAUAUCCAAGAGCCUGGGAAAACAAUGUUGAUUGGUACAGCUAUUCAUGAAUUGGGACAUGCUCUGGGAUUUGUAAAAUCAAAUUUCGCAUUAAUGCGUGAUCUCAAUGGUAAUCCAAGAACACCAAGAGAUCCUAAAUCAGGCAGGCCACCAUUGAAUAAACAAGGACAAUAUGAUGCAAGUGAAAAUACAGUCAAACUUAUCAACCGUCCGUGGGUUACAGCUGCUGGACAAUUUUCCAAACCUUUCUUAUCGUUUGUUACACCAGCCAUACUUGAAGAAGCACGCAAACACUUCAACUGCCCUAAUUUGGAUGGACUUGACAUAGAAAAUGAAGGUGGAGCAGGAACAGUCGGUACACAUUUUGAAAAGAGAGUGGUUGGUGACGAAACAAUGGCUGGUGUUACAGGAGUGAAAACUGUACUAUCACGGCUUACAUUGGCAUUUUUCACAGACUCUGGUUGGUGGGAUGUUGAUUAUUCAUUGGCUGAACCAUGGUAUUAUGGAAAGAAUUUAGGUUGUAGUUUUGUCAUGGAAAGUUGUUAUGCAUACUUGAUGCGAAUGAAACAAGCGUGA